ACGCCUUCCUCACAGGGGCGAACUCUGACCUAAAGGCCAAGUGAGGCAUUGUCAAGAAAGUUGUUUAGAAAGAAAAGGACAGAACACAUCGAACGUAACCAUUCACAGUUAAAAGUCCACUGCUUACGACACGACGGGUAUAAGUGAAAAAAGGGAAAUCAGAUGCAGGAGACAACAAUCAUCACUUUUACUUCAACAAUGCACCAUUAUAUCGAGUAUCCCUCUUGUGUCCCGCGACAUGCUGUCCGCGAAGGUGAAGCGAACUUUGUGCCUAUCGCUUGGGAUAUUUCUGUUUGCUACGGGAUGUGCUUUAAUUCCAGUCUUCAAACAUGUCAUACAUCAGACUAUUGCAAAAGAUGUGCCCUUGACUGAAGGUUCGCUGACGUACGGAGACUGGGUAGUCCCACCCAUACCUGUGUACUACCAGUUAUGGGUGUUUGAUCUCAUAAAUCCUCUAGAGGUCAUUGAGGGAGCAAAACCGUACCUCGUGCAAAGAGGACCGUAUACAUACAGGGAACACCGGAAGAAGCAUAACAUCACGUUUGAGCCGAAUGGUACCAUCACCUAUCGACAGCUCCAUUGGUACACGUUUGAACGGAGCCGUUCGUGUGGUCCAGACAGUGACACAUUCACAACCGUCAAUGUGCCACUGAUGACGAUUGCUAAUUUGAUCCGGUUUGAGUAUUCCUGGGUUCAGGAGCUGGUUGAGUUAGUCCUUCACGCUACUCAGGACAGCUCUCUGUUUGGCCAGUAUAGUGUGAGAGAUAUCGCCUGGGGCUAUGAGGAUAACCUGCUGAAGGCGGCCAAGGACAUUGUAGGACGCUUCAACGUAACCAUUGACGACCGAGUCGGACUCUUUUACGGGACAAACAACACUGAUGAUGGUUUAUAUAACAUAUACUCGGGGAGUGAUGAUAUCAGCAAGUUGGCAGUCAUCAACAGAUGGAAUGGACUGACGAGACUUCCGUACUGGUCCUCGGACACAGCCAGAAUGAUUAACGGAACAGAUGGUACGUUUUUCCCACCUUUUGUGGAUAAAUCUUGGACUAUGUAUGCGUUCCAAACGGACAUUUGUAGGUCUCUUUAUUUAAACUACAAGGAAACGAAGACAUUGCGAGGGGUAGAUCUGUACAGCUUCGUCCUUCCAGACAGCGUGUUUGCCGAACUGCCCGAGAAUCAGGGAUUCUGUACUCCAUCAGAAAACUACUGUUUACCCGCGGGUCUACUCAACGUCAGCAAUUGCAAAACGGAGUUCGCCCCGAUAAUUGGCUCCCAGCCUCACUUCUACGCGGCUGAUCCUUCUAUACAGCAGGCCGUUCAUGGACUCAACCCGAUCCCCGGUGAACACCAAACCAACAUUGAUGUAGAACCGAACACCGGUAUCGUGAUGAAUAUAGACAAGAGGUAUCAGGUUAAUGUGUUUAUACAGAACUACACACAUAUCAAGUCCACCCACAAUAUAAACUACCUUGUAUACCCGGUUCUGUGGCUAAAUGAGAGUGCUACUCUAGACCGGAAGCUUGCUAACAUGUUCAAAUCGAAGGUGGAUUUACCUAUAAAGGUCACACAGGCCGUUCAGUAUGGACUAAUCAUACUCGGCACGCUCAUUGCUUUAUGUGUGAUUACCUUCAUGAUUAAGGAGUGUGACGGUAGAAAGAGGAAAAUACCUUAUAAGAAUGCUGAUGACAAUUCAGAUGAGGAUGUGCCUGACUCGGCGACGACAGAAGAAAAUGUAAUCAAUGAAACCGAAACCUGUCAGGCUCGCAAACAAUUAUCAUAACGCUUUUUAUAGUCACUUAGUGGAUGAAUAUAAUGAAGAACCACUUCAAAGAAAGUAUUGCCAGAGCUUAUGCGAAAAAAAUCCUAUGAUAUUUGAAUUGAUAUAUGCCAUGAUAUAAUUACAUUGAUAUGCAUGUGCCUGAGAUAUUUGUUCCUGUCGCCAAUCGUGGAGGUCUGUAAGAGCUCUUUGGUAUUUAAUAUUAAGGAAAUAUACUUAUAUGCAAGCGUCCGAGAUAUUUGUUUCCGUCGCCAAUUGAUGAUAUUUGUUCCUGUCGCCAAUUGUGGAGGUCUGUAAGAGCUCUAUGUUAUUUAAUAUCAAAGAAAUAUACUUAUAUGCAAGCGUCCGAGAUAUUUGUUUCCGUCGCCAAUUGAUGAUAUUUGUGUCCGUUCACGGCAUACCUUAGACAAAGUCUAUAUAUUCAUACAUUCUCAUUGUGAAUUAUCACAAUAAUAUUGAUAAAGGAAAUGUAUUGCAUGAUUAGAUAUUGUCUGUGUCGUCAUUUGUUAGGUAGUUGUCCUAUGAUAUUAAUCAUCUCACCCCUUUUAUCAACGAAAUAUAUUGACAUGUUAAUGUUCGAGGUUGUCUCUGUUAUACUUUGUUGAGGCAUGCGAGGAGAAAUAUUGUGAAUUGAUUUAUGUUUUUGUUAUUAGAUGUCCUAUCAUUUGUUCACAAAAUAAACUUUAAAAUAUU